UGGAGGCCAUGAUGAGACACAUGGAGCAGGUUCUGGAAGGAGAGCUCAGUGUGGCUGAAGCAGUGCCAGAAGAGGGCCAGUGGGUACCCAUGGGGCCUCCAGUCAUCAACAGCACCAUGGCUGAGACAAGGAUUCAGCGCAUGACUGAGUCAGUGUCCCGUCGGCUGGGUCUAACCGUCUUCCAGAGGGUGUAUAACUACCUGAAGGGAGCCAGGGAGAGGCAGGAGGAUGAGGGGAGCAUCAGACAGGCCCUCAGCAGCCUGGUGGAGAGGCCCAGUGAUGGCUUUGAAGUGGACCAACUACUGUACUACGAGGAGCAGCUCCAGGGAGCCAGAGAGGGAGCCAGAGAGGGAGCCAGAGAGGGAGACAGAGAGGGAGACAGAGAGGGAGCCAGAGAGGGAGACAGAGAGGGAGACAGAGAGGGAGACAGAGAGGGAGACAGAGAGGGAGCCUGGUGAAAAACAUGUCUGACACUGACUAACCUGCGAUCAUGUUGCCUAUCCAAACAUUUCAGGAAGAGCACAUCUUGUUGCUCUCCAGGACCAGGGUUGGUGACCUAGUAGAUCAACAGAGAUGACAGACAUUUACUUCAUGAUAGACCAGGGUUGGUGACCUAGUAGAUCAACAGAGAUGACAGACAUUUACUUCAUGAUAGACCAGGGUUGGUGACCUAGUAGAUCAGCAGAGAUGACAGACAUUUACUUCAUGAUAGACCAGGGUUGGUGACCUAGUAGAUCAGCAGAGAUGACAGACAUUUACUUCAUGAUAGACCAGGGUUGGUGACCUAGUAGAUCAGCAGAGAUGACAGACAUUUACUUCAUGAUAGACCAGGGUUGGUGACCUAGUAGAUCAGCAGAGAUGACAGACAUUUACUUCAUGAUAGACCAGGGUUGGUGACCUAGUAGAUCAGCAGAGAUGACAGACAUUUACUUCAUGAUAGACCAGGGUUGGUGACCUAGUAGAUCAGCAGAGAUGACAGACAUUACCUCAUGAUAGACCAGGGUUGGUGACCUAGUAGAUCAGCAGAGAUGACAGACAUUUACUUCAUGAUAGACCAGGGUUGGUGACCUAGUAGA